AUGGCGGCGCCCGCUUCCGACACCAGACCCUUAAAAGGCACCGAAGAUGCGGCUCCACUUCCACCAUCUGCCGACAUGACCAUGCGUUGCCCUGAUCCGUCGGCCCAUCAUGCAAACAACAAUGCUCUACAGAACCAGGCUUCAGCUGCUGCACUGUAUUCACACAACCCAACUAGCCCGGCCAAGGCAAACGAGUCCCGCCCCAUGAACCCGCUCGGAUCCGACGGCAAGCUGUCUUCCGCAGGCGAUCUCAAAUACGCAAAGGCCCAAGAUCUCCCCAGUUAUCCUAUUGUUGGGAUUGACGCCAAAUCCUCUGCAGGAGCAGCUGCUCUGCUAGCUAACCAGAACAAAAAGAGUCCAGAGUGGUGGAAGCCAGAACAAUCUUCGGCGGCUGGUAAGGCUGCCUUGCUCGCAAACGGAUACAAAAUGGCGCCUCUGUGGCAGCCAGAAGCUAGCGCGGCAGGCUCAAAGGCAGCUUUACUCGCUCACAAAGAUGGUGGGAAGCUUAACCUGUGGCAACCAGAGGCCAGCGCAGAAGGCCAUUCCGCAGCAGUACUCGCCAUGAAAAAGAAGGGACUUGGUCCGGAGGUCGACUACGGAUACACUGAUCAGGGUAGGAAGAAUGCCUUCACUGCCGCUACCGAUGCCCACUCUGCCUCACGACGACAGCGCGCCCGAUCAAACCCACCACCUGCGCCCCUGUACCCUGACUCCGAAAACUCAGCCCGGAAUGCGCUGGGUGCGGCGACACUGGCCCACAGCGCUUCCACACGUACCAGACCCCAAGCCAGCACUGCGAGCCCUGUUGAGUCCAACCGCUUGCAAAAUGGCGCCAUGGAAGCUGCGCGAAUUCAGCAUGCAAAGAGUAUAUCACGAGACAUGUACGGAAGUGCCCCGCCUGUUGCAAUCGAGACGGAUGAAAAGAAGCACAAUGCUGCUCUUCGUGCUUCAGCUAUCUCUAUGGCGAAGAAGAUUUAUGACGUGCAGCAGCAACAACGUCUAGAAAGCGAACUUGGGCCAUCUACUGCCCGCACAGGAGCGUCUGCAGCGCAGAGCCAGCAGCUGGCCACCGGCGACGGCGAUAUCAAGCAACAGGCUAUGCGCUAUAUCGGUAUUCAGGAGGCUGCUCAGAAGUUAGCACAAGAGAGACUAGCAAAGAUCGGAUACGAUGAGAAUGCAGCCUACCGAAGUUACUACGGAUAUGAUCAACCGACUCGCAACAAGCUCUCCCUGCGCCGUGGACGCAACCGUGCACACAGUGCCUCAGAGACAGUGCCUCCUGAGACCUCGGAUUCCGACGAAGAUGAUUUCCGUUCGAGGCGCAUCCGCUCCCAGAUGGAGCAGUUCAACAAGCAACUAGCUGAUGUUGAUGCCAAGAAACGCGAAAACGACCGCAAACUACUCCUUGCUGCCGCACAACGUAAAGUUCAGGCACAAAUGCAGGGUAUGGAUAAAAAGAUCUUUGACGAAACCGGCAGGAUGUCAUCUACAAUGGUGGAUGAUUGGGAUGAGAAGGCGCGACAGCGUGCCGUUGCCAACUCAGAAGCUCGGAUGGAGAACCACGGCAGAGUUCACAUUGGCAACGGCAAGUGGAUGGACCAAGGAGAAAUCGACGCCAUUGCCCAGGCAAGAAUUCAGCCGACUCUCAACGAGAUUACUGAGAAGACCGAAAAACGUCUUGCUGAAGACGAGAAGCGCAGAGCUGAAGAAGAGGAACGACGAAUGGAUGCGGAGCAAGAGAAGCGUCGUAUGAGAAUCGAGAAGGAGCGAGCCGAUGAGAUCAAAGCCGAAGAGAAGCAGGGCAGAGAUGAAGAAAAAAGGGCUGCUAAAGCACGAGCGGCUGAAGAGAAGUUAGCAGCAAAACAAGAAAAAGAAGCAGAAAAAGCAAGAAAAGCAGAAGAGAAGCGUAUGGCCAAAGAGGAGCGUCGCAAGUCGAGAGAUGCCCCACGAACAGAGGGCGCUCGUGCUUCGCACGACAAUGACGACUUAUACCAGGAGCCGGGUCUUUCCACAGAUGCCCAGCCUACAUCCGCACAUGAAUCUGCUGAUCCGACAUCCCCCAAUUCGCAAGAAUCUCCAAAAGGGUUAAAAUCACUUCUGACCAAACUGAAGCGCCGCUCAAAGCAUUCACCUGCCAAUGAAGCUGAUAAAGAUGCGAAAGAGAAGGAGACAGGCUUUAUUGGUGGUGCAAGUCUUCACAACUCCACCUCACAGCCUCAUUCUUCCGAGAAUGCCACCCAGCCAAAACGUGAUUCGAUAUAUGGUUACGUCUCUGACAAAGCAGAGGAACCAGUGGAGCCGGUCCACACGAUACCAGCAUACGUCCCACAUGUCGAUCCUGUCGACAAAGAUCAAUAUUCAGAUGUCUCAUCUAUUUCCAGCCAUAAGGAUGAUUUCAGACCGGUUAGAGGCAGACUAACUGGGAGAGUCGCCAGUGGAGGUACCGUAACAUCUGGUGGAGAAAGCUUCGAAGAAGCAAGAGAUUAUUUCGACGAAAACCUAGCCCCACCACCGGCUUUCAGUUCUGAUACGGAAGACGCGAAAAAGGGAGUCUCGAGUCGAGAAUCUAAAUUUCAAGAAAUAGGCCUGUAG